UCAAGCUCCAGAUUCUUCAAUCAAACUCUCUUGUGACCGUUGCGCCUCAGUCUUCUUCUAUCUCUCUCUAAAGUCUAAACCAUGAAGACCGCUUUCUAAACCACUCUUCUCUCUCUCUCUCUCUCUCUCUCUCUCUCUCUCUCUCUUUCUCUCUUUUGAAAGCAAAAGGCAUCCGAAAGAAGUCAGCUGUAAAAGCAGCUAAUCAUGGGGUGCUUUCCAAAAUGUUUCACUACUUGUAAGCGCCGAAAGCUCAAAAAAUCAGUCACCGUGACUCCAUUUAAACACCAACAAAGCCUUGAAGUUACUGAAAAAGUUGUUCAAAUUCAACAUGCUGAACCCACAAAGCUAGAAGACGUUUUGGAAGCCAUUAAACUCACCAAAGAAUCAAAAGAGGAGGAGAAUGAAGAACAAUCAAAGAAUGAUGCCAAAAAGAAAGUUACGUUUGAUUUGAAUACUAAGGAAGUCACCAAUGGCUUGGUGGAAAGCUCUGAUGAGAAAGAGGAAAUACAAAAAGAGAUGGAACCGAUUCUGGGUUCCAUUAUAUCAAGCGUAGCACCAUCUCAUCCGUUAAACAAAAGAUACGAAAAUUGCCAAAACAAUGAGGAUGAAUAUGAAGAUGUGGUAGACUUGGAAGGAAGUUAUUUGGAUGCAGCUGAUGAUUACGAAGGACAUGUCGAUGAUGACUUUGAUAGUAAGCAGCAAAUCUCAAUUCAAGAAGAGUCUUCUGAAUCGUUGUUUUCGCUAUCGAUAGAUUCCAGGAAACAAGUUUAUGAUGCUGAAACAGAUGAGAAGGAGGUCAACAGUCCAAUGCCAAAGCUCAGUGCCUCUAACCAGGAAGUUAAUCGAAUAGGAUCAAACCAAAACGCUAGGGAUCAAUCAGUGCUGAAGCCCAUUGAAAAUCUUACUCAAUGGAAGGAGGUCAAAGAGAAAGCAACUUCCACAGCUUCAAAGCACCAAGAGAAGGAGAACAUAACUACAGAACAAGAUUGGUAUGUACCCUUUAGCCCAGAGCCUACUUUGAAGCUGUCAAAACACUGCCCCAGGCCAAAAUCCGAUGACCAGGUAACUGGGGUUGACACUAGCCUUUCAAGUUGGUUGGUUGAAUCUGAGACCACGCCCAAGUCCAAUGCCAGUAACAAUUCUGUGGGGAACAACUCACUUUGUGAGAGAGUGAUAAACUCACCCAGAAGCCGUGAAGAUAGGCCAAUUUUAGGAGCUUGGACAACUGAAGAGAUAAAACAGUUGUCUGCUUCUACCCCGAGAGGGUCGCGAAGCCCAAGUCCGGACCAGAUACCGAUCAUAGGCACUGUUGGGAGCUACUGGUGUCAUACUGGCCAGACCAUGGAUUCAGACUCAAGCUCUUCUUGCAAAGGAAUGCCAAGAACAGCAGGGAGAAACAGAGAGGUUCAGAAAGUAAAAUGGAUGUCUACUGCAUUUGAGGCAAAAUUGGAGAGAGCUGGUCUACUUGAAGCUUAGCUACAAAUUAUAGCAAUGGCGUCUGAGAUGGGAUAUUCAGUAUUUGUGAUGUUCAUGUAAUUUUGAAUUCCAAAGGUCGAAAUUCUAAUCCGGUUGUCGGCUAGAUAUUUAUGUAAUUUUGUUAUUUUUCUAUUUUUUUUUUUUUUCAUAAGGAAAUUAUCUUACAUUCAGUAUUUAACUAAUUAA